AUGAGGUUCACUAUCAAUGCGUACCUGCUCUCUGUUGCAGUGAUGCUGGCACUCCUGGCCCGGUGCGGCUCCGGGAGACCUGCGGGGGACGCGCCCACCGAGGGUACGCCAGAUGACCUCUCAGGUGAGGACGUGCAGCGCUCUGACCUCCUGAGUGAGUCCCCGGUGUGGAGCUCCAUCAUCCGUUCCACCAGACCCGAUGCGCAAAAGUUUUUAAAGGAAUUUCAAGGUAAUGUCAACGAUAACACGCUGAGACGUUAUGAAGUGCCUGCACCCUCGGCACUGUGCCCAAAGUUCAACUUCAGCAAGAUGUGUGACAAUGCUUUCCUCUCCUUUGUCCAGGAGUCCUGUCUCCAAAGACAGGUCCAGGGUCUGCUGAAGUUCAGGGUUCUUCUGAAGUAUGUGGAAAGGGAAUACCCCAGCAACCCUGUCCUGCCAAACUUCAAGUUCUACAGUGGCCUCCUGAUCUCUCUCAUCGAAGGAAAGAUGAAGCACCGUGAGCAGGUGAGAGCACUGACCAGCAGUGAAGAGGAGAUGCUGCUGAAGGAGAUGGACAACCCCGACGUGUUCCACAGGAGGAUGACUGCACACAGCAUCCUGCUCAAACUUAACGAGUUCCUUAUAGACAGCAAGAAAUCAGUGGCUAAAUAUGAUAAUCAACAAACGUCCAGGCAACAAAGUGUGGCCAUGCAACUUUAA